GUCCCUCUUGUUGUCCUGGUCCAUCAGCUCUUCCUUGCCCUGUGCUUCUCAGUGGUGCCCCAGGCUGGGAGAGACCUGGUAUGCACCACAGCAGAGGUGUCAUGAAUCACCCCUGCAGUGGGCUUUUGGAGGGGAUAACACAACCAGAGUUGUUACUUGGGUUGCCCCAGUGCACCGGUAACAGUCACUUAUGAAAUUGCAUCAACAGACUUAGAAAUGGUGACACUGUCACCACAGAUAUUGAUUUAUUCUCCUAAAGGCCAUUCAAGGGUAAUUUAAGGGUCCUUCUCCUACAGGGCCUAUUCAGAAGUGAGAACCUUCCCCUGUGGCUGAAAGCCAUUGAACAGCACACACUUCCUGCUUGUCCUACACCCAACUCCAGGGUGUUGGGCUAUCUAAACCUGUGAGCAAGGCUGGUGCGUUUGAGCAUGUGGCUGCAGACAUCAACUGCUGCCCUGGCACUCUGCAAUACAAAAUUAGCCCUGUUUUAUGUUAUAUUGUCACAGUUGUAUCUGAGCAUCUUUGGCUUUUUUGUAACUUAGCUGGGGGCCAGAUACUCCAUUCAUGUUAACUUCUUUCUGGAUUACAGCCACAAGAGGAAGGAGCUGCUAGUUUGUUUUAGAGCAGUUCCUGUGCCUGUGGAAGAUCACAGGUUUUGGAGGGAUUUAUGUCUUUUUCCACCCCAGCUUAACAAAGACUGAGGUUUUGUAUGGACUUCUGAAUAUAUGGGAUUCAACUUGCACUGUGGAUAAAGCUAGGAGAGAAUUGAUGACCUCCCAGUCUUCUGGAUAAACUCAGAUGUUCAGGAGCACGUCAUGCCUGCAGGCUCUCUUUGUAAAAAGAAGCUGGCAAAAAGACCUGGAUACAUGAGGUCAGAAGCUCAGCGACAGGUAGAUUUUCAGUCCCUGAGUGCCUGCAAACCAUUCAGCCCAGAAGAGCUCAGGCAUGGCAAGCAGCACUGUGACCACCUUGAGAGCUGCUCUGUAUGCAGAAAAUGCCAAAGUAACCUUGAGUUCUCAUGCUGUAGUUCUGUAGCCCCUGCUAAUGGGGUAACAGUGUUGUCCGCUACUGGAAAUAUGCCAGGAUGCCACAAAAAUCUUCCAUGUUGCAAGAGUCCGCAGUCAGAAAACACAGCAAUAAUUGUUUACUCCACUGCAGCAACAAACAAAGGAGAUGUUUCUGCUGUAUGCUCUACACAGCAGAAAAGUGAUGGUGCUAAAGUGAUCAAGCCUGCAAACAUGUGUGCUUUGGAUCAGACAGAAGUGAGUAACAGCUGUGGAUAUCAAACCAGAGAUGUCAUUUCUCAUUCUGUUGGGGCACAUGAUAGCUUUAGUUCAAGUUUCAGUUUCAUACAGCUCUCCCUGAACUCAGCAUCUGUAGCAAGAGAUUCUGAAGGCAAGUCAACUGUUGAGGAAACUGAGUAUGUUCGACAUCCCAGCACUGCAGGAAAUCUACAGAAGCCAGAAGAGAUGAUGCACGCUUAUGAGCACUUGGGAGCUUUACAUUGCUUCUCUAGGCCCUGUGAGGAUUUGGAGUAUGAAAAUGAGACCACAGUGAACGAUAAACUGCAGGACUGUGAGACUGUCUCUCUCUCAGAUACAGAUGCAACAUACUCAUAUUCUACGGAUUCCUCAGAUGCAGCAUCUGCUGGCUCUUCUGUUACCUCAGGCUAUGAAAGCAGUUUUACUGCUAGUGACCAUAGCUGGGAUACUUUGAUAAAAAAGUAUGAACCAGUGCUACAGGGCUGCCUGCUUGGCAACCGUAGUACAUUAAAGAUAAAAUCCUUGAUCUUAUGGCUCCAGAAGCUUCAGGAAAAAGCAGUAGAGGAAGAUGACUAUGAUAGAGCUGAUAAAUUUAGACGGAAACUGGAAGAACUGGAGAAAGAGAAAAAGUCUUUAAAAUUUCAGCUUCCUUCAAGGCAUCCUUCAGUUAGCAGUUUUUUGGACCGGUUUGUUACCCAAGUUCAAGCAGAGUUGCGCUGGGCUGCUGAUCAUCGUGUUAGAAAUGAAGAAACGCAAGUUUGGCAUGAAAACGAACAUAGACUUUUGAGGUCCACUUACCAGGAGAGGAUGGAGGUUUCAGCCACAAAACGAAACCAACUUUUUCAAGAAAAGAAGUGGUUACAGAAGGAAAUUGAAGACCUCCGAGCAAGACUGGCCAUAUUGGAAGCAAAAGAUCAACAGCUAAGAAGAGAAAUUGAAGAACAAGAUAGGCUUAUUCAGUCACAGGACUGUGAACUGUCUGCUUUACUUGGCUGUGUUUCUUUGCGAGAACUACAGGAAAUAAGCAAGGCUGUGGAUGACACUUUAGCAUUGUCCUGUCAAAUUCCAUUCAGUCUGGAUCUUCCGGGGACAAUAAAGAGCCUUCAGGAAAAAGAGCAAUCGUUCACCAUGUCCAUUAAAGAAACUACUGCCAAAGUUUGCACGAGUCAGAAACUCUGCAGUACUUUGAGGAGGAAAGUGAGUGAUAUUGAGACUCAACUACCAGCUCUACUUGAAGCAAAAAUGCUGGCUGCUUCAGGAAGGAGCUUUGGUACUGCAAAGGACCUAACAGAAGAAAUAAGAUCAUUAACAUCAGAGAAGGAGGGGCUGGAAGGACUUCUCAAUGAACUGUUGGUUCUGAGUGCCAGAAAUGUCCGAAAACUAGAGAGAAUCAAAGAUGAUUACACCAGACUGAAACAAGAACUUGAAGAAGGAGAGACUGCCUUUGUCACCAGUGUAAAAGAAAAUGCUGAAAAAUAUAUGGAGAUACUGGAGGAUAAACUGCAUAGCUGUGGGAGCCAGCUGCUCCAAAGAGUGUGGGAAGCUGACUUGGAGGCCUGUCAGCUGUUGAUCCGAGGGUUUCAACUGAAAGGAACGAGUUGCUGUGGUUUCGAGCAAGAGGAGAACCAAAUGGAUGAGAUGGAGAUGACUGCUGAUGGCCCAUCUGAUUCUGAGAAAAGAAAAGAAGGUCACUUUCCAAAGGGCAUAGAGUGGGGCUCUGUUCCCUGCCCCAAGCACAGUGAGCUAGAAGAGGUUACAGAAGAUGUUUCAUUUGGAGCAGAGGGUCGUUUAUCUGAGGAGUUCUUCAUAUUUUCGGCAGAGCUGGGAGAAAAAUGUAAAGCAAUAAGUGAGAAAUUGGUGCACCUGGAAGAUCAAUUGCAAAGUUCUGCCUGCAGAGUUGAUGAAGGAGAUAUUCAUAUCCUUUUUGAUACAGCUACAGAUAUGUAUCAAUCUAUUACCCCAAAGUCUUUGAGUGAAUAUGUGCUACAGCUGUACCAAACCCCCAACUCUCCUUGAAACUUCUCCUUAGCAUCAUGAACAGAACGCAGCAACACAGAGGAGCUCUUCCAGUACAGUAAUACUGCCUGGUUAUGACAUGGGAACAGUAAGGCAUCACAGCUUUAUUUCUUCUUUUUACUGUGUAUUUUUUAUUAUC